GAAUGGAUCAGAAAUAGCUGUUGAUCGGAUUGCAAGCAACAGAAAGAGAAAGCAAAAGACAGACGCACCCUCGCAGCACACACACACAAAAUUGAAUUCGCCUAUAUACACACACGUACGAGCAGCGAUGAAGCGCGGAGCCAAACGUUCAUCGCGAGAGGGCGAGGAGACACCUGGGGCCCGCUCCCGCACCAAGGACGCGAAGGAGAUGCAGGCCGCUGAGGAGGAGGCGCGCCAUCUGCGUGAGCUCGAGGAGCAAAAGAGAAAAGAGGCGGAAGAAGAGGAAGAGGAGGACGACGAUGACAGCUGGGAGGACGAGGCCGGGGAGGGUGACGCCGUCGAGGAUGGCGAGGAUGAAGAGGAGGAAAUCAUCGAAGCCAGCGACGAGGACGAUGACGAGUACGCCGAAUUUCAGAAGGAGUCCGCGGUGAAUGUGACGAAGGGUAUUAAGUCCAUUUCGUUCAAAGACGCCGGCCACGCCGACGGCGACGGCGAAACGGGUGAGACGGGCGCCGGCGAGGUAUCCAUCUGGCGCGGCGACCUGGAGGAGGAAGCCACCAUGGCCGAGGGCGGCGGCGACAGCAGCAGUGGUGCCGAGGGCGGGGCGCUGAUGAAGCUGGAGUUCUCGAACAAGGCCUACGACGCCUUCUUCCAGCUCCGCACCGAGUACCCCUGCCUCUCCUUCGAUAUCGUGAAGGACAACAAGGAUAACCACACCAGGUACCCCCUAUCCACCCUGCUCGUCUGCGGCACCCAAGCGGACGAGAACGCGCGCAAUGAGUUGCUGCUGCUGCACAUCACGAACAUGUGCCGCACCAAGUUCGAUGUGGCGAGCGACAAUGAGAGCGAGGAGGAGGACUACAUCGGCGACGAGGGCGCCAGCGGCGACGACGAGGACGGCGACGAGGCGGAGGAGGUGAACGACGGCGAGCCGGUGGUGCAUCACCGCACCAUCAAGCACUACGGCACGGCGAAUCGGGUGCGGUGCUGCCCGCAGAACAACCCGGCCAGCGGCAGCCAGCUCGUCGCGGUCUGGUCCGACGCCGGCCACGUGCAGGUCUUCGACGUAGAGUCCGACGUGCGGGCCCUGACGGACUUCUCGAACUGGUCAAAGGAGCAGGCGCAGUCGUGGAAGAAGCCGGAGCAGGCGGGGCAGAAGAAGGCGCAACCGCUGAAGUUCUGCACGCCGUCCACCUCACACAAGACGGAGGGCUACGGGCUGGACUGGAGCCCGGUGAAGCAGCACGUCUUCGCCUCCGGUGACUGCGCCGGAGCCCUCUUUGUGUGGCAGCCCACAGAGGACGGCCGCUGGAAGAACGCGGCGAGCAGCACCGUCGCCGGGGCGAUGUCCAUCGAGGAGAUUCAGUGGAGCCCGACGCAGGCGGACGUCCUCAUCACUGCACGUGCCGGCGGCGUGGUCGAGGUGUGGGACACGCGCGAUAUGCGGGCGAGUAAGAUCAGCUUCCAGGCAGACCCGUCGGACAUCAACGUCGCGGACUGGAACCGCGCGCGGCAGGCGUCGCACCUGCUCGUCACGGGAGCCGAGAGCGGCGCCGUCGCGGUGUGGGACCUUCGCCGCGUCGCCAGCGCCGACCCGAUUCAGCGUAUCGCCCUGCACAGGAAGGCCAUCACGUCGGUGGAGUUUGCUCCGCACAACGAGAGUGUGCUGUCCGUGGCCAGCGAUGAUGGUCGCUGCACCUUGUGGGACCUUUCGCUGGAGCGCGACGCCAACGAGGAGCAGGAGGCGGUGGGCGAACUGUUUAGUAGCAAGCUGAAGGAGUACCCGGACCAGCUCAUGUUCCAGCAUCAAGGCCUGGUGCACCCCAAGGAGGCGCACUGGCACAUGCAGAUCCCCGGCCUCGUCGUGACGACGGACUACGAGGGGCUUAAUCUGUUCCGACCGAUGAACUGGAAAUCCCUGAUGCGCUAA